GCCCUCGUCCCUCUGAGCUGAUGAAUUACAGUUUGGAAGGGUGGCGGACAUUUGAGCUAGUACAACCUUCCUGGGAAGGGAUAUUUGCUGAAAUAACAUUACAAAUCAGAGCGUUCUGUGUAAUCUGCGUUUCGGUUUAUUAACAAUUUUUAAGGAAGACCAGCUUGCUUUAUUCUAUAAGGGGGUGUGUGUGGAGAGAAAGAGAUAAGUGGAUUGACAAGUAGACAAGUGGGUGAUAUCUAGCCUUGAUGUGUUGUGACUGAAGGAAAUGGAAACAAAAAUGAGGAGGAGUUUUAUAAGGCCUUUUUGGUGGUGGCUCCGAAGCUUUCUGGCUCUCUCUCCCAAGACCCUGCAUUCAGAAAACAGUAUUUGUUUGUUCGUUUCGGCUUUUGGCCGAAGAAGUUUUUAUGCCUCUGGUUUUGACUGCUGCCCGGAAUAUAUUAGAAUGUCACGUCGAAUUGCUUUUUGGGGGAGAAACUGAAAUGAGGAUAUUGGCGAUGUGUGAUGGAGGAAGGUGCUUAAAAUGUACAUCAAACACACUUGUAUUAAGGUCUCGGCUCCCGUGCUGAGAUGACCCCUCCGCACCCCUCGCGCCCGCACCGCCAUGGACGCCCCCUCUAACUCUGCCUCCUCCUCCUCCUCCUCCUGCUCCGCUGCUGCCCCCCCGGCCGACGGGCAGGAUGACAGGGCCGCGCCUCGGCCCGCUCAGGACUCUCCUGCCUCUCCAGCCACCAAAGAACCCCCCCUCUCGGACCCUUCCUCCUCUUCCUCCUCUGAUGCCCCCUCUCCCAACGACACCAUGAGGCCCUGCUCCGGUUCCCAAGCGGCGCUUGGCUCCGCGAAGCUCCCGGCCGCCAUCUUGCCUGGGCCUCUCCUCCAAGCCGACUGCGGCCUCAUGACGCCAAACCCACCGCCUUCCCCGCAAGCGGCGCCACCCGGAGAAGAUGGGAAGAAGCAAGAAGCAGAAGGCGGCGGAGAGGGGGAAGAGGACGGCGGGCGCAAGGCCCCGCUCUUCUUCUCCGCCGAGGGCUCGGCCUAUCUCCUCAGCGGCGGCCACGUUCUCUUACCAAAGGGCUCCCUAAGCACCACAUCUCCCCAGGUGUCCGUCCUCCACGUCCAGCGCGGUGGAGGCCCAAACCAAGGCUUUACGUCUACUGACCAAAUGUCCCAGAAUACCUCAGCGCCAGGCGAGUGGACCCCUCACGGCGCCUUCUACAGUUUCCGACUGGCCAGGGCCCCCCCUCGAACCAUGUCUGCCAAAAACGCUCCCACCAAACCCAAAGAUGCCCCUGCCGCCGCCCUGGCGGAGGACGAGGAGAACCUCAAAGGGGAAGCCGACCUUGGCCGAGAAGGGGAGCUGCCGUCCCCACCCAUCUGGCUUUGCCUGAUCUGCCGCCUCUCCUUCUGCCGGGGGCGCCCCUUGGCGGCUCACGCCCGCGUAGCCCACGGGGCGCAGCCGAGCCCCGACGAAUGCCAGGCCCUGUCUGGAGGGGCUUCUGCCGUGUUCCAAGGGACCGCGCUUGGCUUCCUCGAACCAAAUAAGCCCACCACCAAGGCAGACCUCAAUGUCCGAAUGUGUAGCAGAUGGGUGAAUGUAACGGAGGAGGAGGAGGAGGAGGAAGAGAAGAAGAAAAAGAAGAAGAAGGGGAGCCCAGGAAAACCAUGCGAGCCACCAGAUGCCAAAGAGUCAAGGGUCGGCGGCGAGCCCUGGGCAAAGGGAGGCGCGGAGGAGAAACCAGAAGAGGAAAAGGAGGAGGAAGAGGAGGAGGAGGCAGCAGCAGUGGUGGCCGAAAAUCAGAAAGAGGAAGGGAGGCUUCUCCCAGACCAAAGCUCACACGGCCAAAGCCCACCCACGGGUGCCAGCACCCCGCUCUCAGAGACGCCGCUGAAGAAGGCUAACAGCAACAAUGCUGCAGCUGACGUAGGAUUGCCCAAGGAAGACGCCAACGCGGAGUUGGCCAACGAAGCCGUUGGGUUGGCCAACGAAGCCUCCAGUGCAGAGCUGGCCAGAGACACCGCUCGCGCCGAGUCAGCCGGCGGGACGAACAGCUCCGGGCUGGGCACCAAAGUGAACAACGACAGCCCAGCCAACGCCAACCUGGACGCCGGUCGGGUUGGGUUGAGCCACGACGCUGGCGCAGCCGACGUGACGCAUGGAACCGUCAGUGUUGGGAUGGCCAGCGAGAUGGUGAGCGCAACGUUUGAGGUCAACAAUGGGCUGAGCGGUAGCAGCAGCAGCAGCAGCCACAAUGGAGGGCACUCGCUCUCCUUUGGGGAAGACUUCACCGCCAUGGCCUACUCGGGGCUGACUUUGUCCGGCCACAUGUCCUUGCUGCACUCGCGCAACUCCUGCAAGACCCUCAAAUGCCCCAAGUGCAACUGGCAUUACAAGUACCAGCAGACCUUAGACGUCCACAUGAAGGAGAAGCACCCCGAGAACAACAGCCACUGCGCUUACUGCAGCACCGGCGGGCCGCACCCUCGCCUGGCCCGGGGUGAGAGCUACAACUGCGGCUACAAGCCCUACCGCUGCGAGGCCUGCAACUACUCCACCACCACCAAGGGCAACCUCAGCAUCCACAUGCAGUCCGACAAACACCUGGCCAACCUGCAGGGCUACCAGGCCACAGGGGGAGGCGGCGGGGCCCCCUCGGUGGCGGCCCCGGUGGCGCCAACCCCAUCGUCGCCCGAGGAGAAGGAGUCGAAAGGCAAAUCCUCCUGGCAGUGCAAAGUGUGCAGCUACGAAACCAACAUCUCCCGCAACUUGCGCAUCCACAUGACCUCUGAGAAGCACAUGCAGAACAUGCUUCUGCUCCACCAGGGGCUGCCCCUGGCACUGCCCGGGCUCCUGGGGCAGGCCCAAGCCGCGCCAGGGGGCAAGGGGCAGCCAGAGCUCUUCCAGUUCUACGGCGCUCAGGCCCUGGGCCACUCACACCAUGCACACCCCCACCACGCUCACGCCGCGGGCAGCUCAGCCCUGCGGGGGGACAAGCCCAUGGAGCAAAGCCAGAUCUUGCUCAACGGCGGCUUCCCACACCUCAACGCUGCUGCUGGCAGGAAGAUGGCUGCCUUGGGCUCAGGCAGUCAUUCUGCCGCCCUUCUCCCCACAGCUCCUGCAUCGCUCUCUCCAGAGCCCGCCCCACCUUCCCCGCUGCCGCCCCACUCUGUGCCAGACCUGGGGGCUCCCCAGAGGCUGUUUGGGUGCCUGGUGUGCCAAGCCUUCAACACGGACAGCCUGGAAGCGCUCCUGAGGCAUGCGUCGGCCCCCCGCUCGCUGCCCGAGGCUGAGUGGAAGGAGGUGUCGGGCGACUUGCACCGCUGCCGGCUCUGCGCCUAUGGCACCCAGCUGAAGGCCAACUUCCAGCUGCACCUCAAGACCGACAAGCACGCCCUCAAGUACCAGCUGGCGGCCCACCUGCGCGAAGGGGGCAGCCUCGGGGCCCACAUGGGGGCAGAGCUUCCACUUGGCCCGCCCCUCCACCUGCACUGCAAUCUCUGCGAAUACGAGACCAACAGCAAGGAGAAGAUGAGGCUGCAUGUGGCGGGAGCCGGCCACCAGGAGGCGCUGCAAGGCUACAAGUUCCUCCUGGAAAUGGAGGCCACAUCGGCAGCGCCGCCAGGCCCCGAACCUGCCCCGUUCCGCUGCCUCCUUUGCAACACGGAUGCCCCGAACCGCCUGGCCAUGAUCCAGCACCUGCGCUCUCCCCAACACCGUGACUCCCACGGCCAGUGGCGCCUGCAGCUCCUCCAGAACGGGGAAGGCACCCCGGGCCUCGAAAGAUACAUCUGCUUCGCUCCCGCCAACCCCGCUGGUAACGGCCCUGCAGGUUGGCCAUGGCGGGCACCCCGUGCCGCCGGAGAGGGUGGCAAACCCGCAGAAGGGAAGGAAACGUUGCCAGAAAACCUGCCCCCCGAAAAGGAAACGCAGAGUAAAGCCCAGGCGGCUGGUUCUGACGAGACUGAAACGAAAGCUGGAGGUGUGGGAGACACUACAGUGUUCUGCUGCCCCUACUGCAAUUACACUGACCAAUCAGCCGAAGCCGUCCGGGCUCACACCGUCUCCCAGCAUGCCGUGCAGCCCAAAUUCCGGUGCCCACUCUGCCAGGAGCAGCUGGUCGGGCGCACCAACCUCCACUUCCACCUCAGCCACAUUCACAACGUGGUGCCCGAAUGUGUGGAGAAGCUGCUUCUGGUGGCCACUACUGUGGAAAUGACCUUUGCCACCAAAGUUAUCCCCGGCCUCAACCUCCCUCCUGACCCACUAAAGCCAGGUGGGACGCCCAGCUCAGAGCAAGGGGCUGGGAACGAACCCGAAAGCCCUCUUGCUGCACCACUCACAGGGGAGAAAUCCUCUCCGGCUCCCGUGCUUGGCCCUGAAACUCCUCAUCCUCCAGCCUCCCCUGCUCUACCUGCUGACCCCCCAGAAAAGCUACCCCCAACCUCUUCUCCACCUCCUCCUCCUCCACUGCCGCCACCUCCGCCACCACCACCUCCUCCUUCAGUUGCUGCUCUGGAGUUUGAAGACGAAGAUGCUCCUCAUCUGAACGCCCCGUUGGAGGAGCCGCCGCCACCACCACCACCGGCUUCAGCAGAGACUCCUGAGGCCUCUCCACUCGCCCUGCCCAGCCAAGACCCCCGGCACCCGCUGUCCUACCGCAAGGCAACCAAUUUCGCCUUGGAUAAGUUCCUCGACCCGGCCCGGCCCUACAAGUGCACGGUGUGCAAGGAGUCCUUCACGCAGAAAAACAUCCUCUUGGUGCACUACAACUCCGUCUCCCACCUGCACAAGAUGAAGAAGGCCUCGGCCGACCCCUCCGCGCCGUCCCGGGGCGAGCCCGGCGCCGCCGGCGUUCUCCAGCCCUCCUCGGACAAGCCCUACAAGUGCACCACCUGCCGGGUCUCCUACAACCAGAGCUCCACGCUGGAGAUCCACAUGCGCUCCGUCCUGCACCAGACCCGCUCCCGCGUCGCCAAGAUGGAAGCCGCCGGCAAAGCGGAGCUGCCGGCCGCCGAGCCGGAUCCCCCGUGCGAAGCGCCGCUGGAAGCAGAAGCCCCCAAGCUCCUGGAGGCGGGCUGCGUGCAGGUGCCCACGCUCCCGUUCCUGGCGCCGUCAGCAGCAGAGCUGCAGCGCUUCCCUGCGCCCUUGUUCACUCCGCCGCUGCUGCCGCCCUUCCCGCUGGUGCCAGAGUCGCUCCUGAAACUCCAGCAACAGCAACAGCAGCUGCUGCUCCCCUUCUACCUGCACGACCUCAAGGUGGCCCCCAAGCUGGCUUUGGCCACCCCGGCACUGACCCUCCCGGCCACGCCACCCGUGCUGCUGCCACCUCUGCCAGCCAAGGAAGAGCAGGCGCCGGCAGCCGCUGCCGGCUCCAAACCGGAGGCGCCGGAAGAGGCCGAAGCUGAGGAGGCCGAGGGGGGGCAGCAAGGAAGCGAGGCAUCCCGCACGGCUGCCAAAGCCCUCCUGGAGAACUUUGGGUUUGAGCUGGUGAUCCAGUACAACGAGGGGAAGCAGCCUGCCGCCCCCGCCCCGGCCGCACCUCCGCGCCCGCCGGCGGGCAAGCUCUUGUGCGGCGCAUGCGGGAAGCAGUUCUCCAACAUGCUCAUCCUGAAGACGCACGAGGAGCAUGUGCACCGGCGGUUCCUGCCCUUUGAGGCGCUCAACCGCUACGCCGCCCAGUUCCGGAAGAGCUAUGACAGCAUGUAUCCCCCUCCGCCGCCGGCACUGCCCAUCGAGACGGCCACUGCCACGACCUCUGCCCCAACUACUGCCGCUGCCACAGACACCACCACAGUGACCGUGCCAGCCGCCCUGCCCCUGGAGAUCCCCCCGCUCUGCCCUCCGUUUUUAAUGCAGCCCAUGCCAGUGGUGGUGCCGCCGCUAGAGAGCGAGACCCCCCACGUGCCUCCCGAGCGCUUGAAAUCCUUGUGGUUCCGGGGGGAGGAAGAGGAAGGUGGCAGUGGGCCCGGGGUUCCUGAGCCUCUUCGCGGGGGCUUCCCGUCCACCCGGCGCUUCUCCCGCACCAAGUUCACAGAGUUCCAGUCUCAAGCCCUACAGUCUUUCUUCGAGUGCAGCGCCUACCCCAAAGACGGCGAGGUGGAGCGGCUGUCUGCAAUGCUGGGUUUGCCCAACAGAGUCAUCGUGGUUUGGUUCCAAAACGCCCGCCAGAAAGCGCGCAAAUGCGGCGGGAGCGAGGCCAGCGUGGGGGGCGGAGGUGCCGCGGUGCAGCCCUCCUGCAAGAAAUGCCGGGCGUCCUUCCGCUGUAUCUUUGAGCUCAUGCGCCACCUUAAAAAGUGCUACAACGACCAGCCGGUGGAUGCGGAGGGAGAGGGGGCCGAGGAGGAGAACGAGGGCCCCGAGGAAGAAGAGCAGGAGGAGGAGGAAGAAGAAGAGCAGCAGCAGCAGCAGCCGCAGCAACAGCAGCCGCCGGAGCCUUCGGGGGCUGAUGGAGAAGCUAAGGUUGACGGCGCUGGAGACAAACCUCAAGAGGAGGAGCAACCCACAGCCCCUCCCGAAAGUGGAAGCACCCAUCCCUGUGACCACUGCACAGCCAAAUUCUCAAGCGUCGACCUCCUCAAUAUCCACCGUGUAUCUCACAUACCAGCAACCGGCCCUCCACCAGCCCCGGUUGCCCCCCAGCCUCCCCUGGAUUUGGCCCCGCUGGUGUUUGGCGACCGCGCCGCCCACCCAGACCCCUCCCGGGCACAGAAGCGGAAGCACGAGGACGGGAGCUUGUCGCCCACUGGCAGCGAGUGCGCCAGCGUGGCGGGAGGGGACAGCGAGCCCCCCCGGGACAAGCGCCUGCGCACCACCAUUUUGCCAGAGCAGCUGGAGAUCCUGUACCGCUGGUACAUGCAGGACUCCAACCCGACCCGCAAGAUGCUCGACUGCAUCUCCGAAGAGGUUGGGCUCAAGAAGAGGGUGGUUCAAGUGUGGUUCCAGAACACGAGAGCCCGCGAGAGGAAGGGUCAGUUUCGGUGCAACGCCGGCACGGCCAACGCAACCGGCAAGCCCUCACCGGUGCUCCCCUCCGCCUUCCCAAAGUUCAGCCCUCUGCCGCGAGACCCGACCAUCCACUACGGAGCGGCCUUUGCGCCCAGCCUCUCUGCGGUGAGCUUACAGCUACCUCCAGCGAAGCCAGAGAUUCCUGCGGAGCCACAAGCGCAGGAAGAAGCAGCCGAAGAAGAAUUGCCAAAAGAGAACGAAGACCGGAGCCUGUCGGGAGGGGAGAUGAGCGACUCGUCUUCCUCCUCCUCCUCGUCGCUGGCCGAUCUGGAUUUCUCCGGCAGCCGGCGGAGCCGAGGGGCGGACGGCGGCUUUGGAGGCAUGCACGACGCUUUGGGCCAGCGCCGGUAUCGCACGCAGAUGUCCAGCCUGCAGCUGAAGAUCAUGAAGGUUUGCUACGAGGCCUACCGGACGCCCACCAUGCAAGAGUGCGAGGUGCUGGGCGAGGAAAUAGGGCUGCCCAAGCGGGUGAUCCAAGUGUGGUUCCAGAACGCCAGGGCCAAGGAGAAGAAGGCCAAGGCUGCCAGCGGUGGCGAGGAGGGGCAUCCCAGCACUCCAUCGCAGGCCGAGUGCCCCUACUGCGAAGUCAAGUACGAUUUCUACGUGUCCUGCCGUGGGCACCUCUUCUCCCGCGGGCACCUCGCCCGACUCAAGGAGGCCAUCAAGGCCCAGCUCAAGAGCGAGAGCAAGUGCUAUGAGCUCGUGCCGGACAAAGGGACGCCAUCUCCCACCAGGCUGGGUGCCUCCAUGCCUCCCGCCACAGUGCCAUCUUCCCUUGGAAGCAUGGCUCCCUUUGCGCCAGGCCCUUCCUCUUCCUCCUCUGGGGCCCUGAGCACCCCUUUGGCCUCCACGCAGCCGGGGCCCCCCUUACCUCAGCACCUCACUCCGGAACCGGCCCAGCUUGGCCCCUCCACAGAGCCGCCGGCACCUGCUCCAGAGACUUCCCCGGGCGACGGCCAGGCAGACCCCGCCUCCAGCUCAGCCCAGGAACCCUCCGUGCCCUCCACUGCCGCGGUGAAGAACCUCAAGACGUUGAAGGCUGCCGUGCCGGCCCUGCUGGGAGGCCAGUUCCUGCCCUUCCCAUUGCCGGCGGCAGCAACGACGGCUGCCCCCUCGCUCUUUGGUGCGCAGCUGCCCGGGGCCUACUUCCAGCAGCUCUACGGCAUGAAGAAGGGGCUGUUCCCCAUGAACCCCGUCAUACCUCAGACGCUUAUGGGGCUGCUGCCCAGCCCCCUGCUCCCGACGCCCAUGCCCGAGCCGCCCGUCGAGGUGCCCGAGGCCCCCGGCAUCUCCACGGUUGACGUGACUCACCAGUACCUCUGCCGCCAGUGCAAGGCAGCCUUCGAGAGCGAGGGGGCCGCCGCCGCCCACCAGGCCACUUUCUGCUACUUUGGGCGCCAGCCCCCCGCGGCCCCGCCCCCGCUGCGGGUGCCCGUGUGCACCUACCACUGCCUGGCCUGCGAGGUGCUUGUGAGCGGGCGCGAGGCCCUGGGGGCCCACCUUCGCUCCAGCGCUCACCGGCGCAAGGCCGGAUCCAACGCAGCAACCGCAUCGGUGUUUGCCAAAGAGGAAUCCAAAUUACCUCACUCGGACUCCAGCCCAAAAAGUAACGCUACCUCUACGACACUACUAGCUUUAUAGAGACGGAUGCUACACUGCCACCGACCGAGAGAGAAGGACUAAGCAACCAACCAACUAGCCAACCAGCCGGCGGAGGGAAGGGCGCCCGCUUGGCGUGCCCUGUGCCCUCUGCCCAUACCAAACGCCCAUCACGCAACCCCCCGCCACCUGUAAACUCAAGAAACGGCCCCCGGCCAAGGCGACACCCAGUUGCCUGAAGGCCACGCUCUUCCCAGACCCCUGGGUAGCCAUGUGGGCAAAGCUGGACCCAGAUGUUCAGCCGUCCCACCCCACUCCCCCAACCCCACCGCCAUCUUGAGGGAAAACCAGUUGACCUGGUGCGGAACAGAAAUGCAGCCCGCCGCCUGAGGAGCCCCCCAACAGUGCCAACCUCAGAAAUGCCUUGCGCUCUGCAUGGAGUGCAGAAGCUGUUCUCCUCUGCCACCCACCGUGCCCCUUGCCCUCACGGCCCUGUGCACCGGCCGACGCCAGUUCCCAGGGUCUCUCCUCCCAGAAAGGGUUCCUGGAUCCUGUCCGACACGGGUGCCCAACCCAUCGCCUUCCCGCAGUCCCUUCACACAUGCCUGUGUAUUCCAGAGUCUUCCACCUCCUGUGGCAUACACAUGUACCUCACAUGAGAGAGGCAUGAGAGGCUCUCACUGUCUGCGGUUCAGGUCUCGGUGUCCUCCAUGUUUUCCCUCAAGGAGGGUCCCUGGGCAUCUCAACAGGUUUCCUUGGGAUGUCGACCCCAGCGGAGAGGACCCCCUUCCC